UAUCUAACAUAUAAAGCCUCCUACACUACCCGCCAUUUCAGCGCCAUCGCGGUUCGAAAAUCAUCCUGUGCGCACAAUGGUCCUCGCUGGCAGCGGUAAUAGCAAUUUCAUCGACCUGGCUCGCAGCGACGCGGUCGGUUCGCGAUUCUGUCGAUGGAGAGCCAGGGCGGGUCGGUCGUGGGCUCUGGCCAAUCGCUCGUGGGUUGUCAGGGCGUUUUUUACCAUGUGGUGGGAUUGGCCAACCCUAUCCACCAAUUCCCCGUCCGCCUCCUCCUCCCCUGCUCGCUCGCCCCGCGUGCGGUCGCCGCCACUCACGGCGAUGAGCGGGCAAGGCCGCGUGAGCCGAUGGGCCAUUGCAGUCGCCGCCGGGAGCGGCUGCCUCCUCUUCCCUUCCCGUCCCCCGGUUCCUCCUCCGCCGCCGCCGCCGCUCUCCACUGGCCGGCGAGCUUCACCCCUCCCCUCCUCUCCUUUCCCCCACAAUAUCCACCUCCUGCCCCCAUCCUUCGCGCCCGAGAAGCCGUGGCCGUCGCUUCAUCGAGGGAACGGCGUGCCGGAUCCGGUGUCCCCGUUCCAUGUCGGCCACCGUCCUCUUACCACCCGCCUCCCGCUUCCCGACCCAUCCCCGUCUCUCGACGCGGCACAGGUAGGAGCUGGCUGUUCAAGUGUCCAUUGACGGCGGCGAGCCCGAGCCGGCGAUGUAGAUCUUACCGGUGGACUGCCGGUCGUCGACGCGUUGCCUCGGACUCCCACAGACGCAGCAGCAGCCGCAGCAGAGGAUGGCCACCGAGCCUGGAGCAGGAGCGUUUACUCGCUGUGCCUAUGGUAGUGGCGGCGACGAUGGCGCGUAUGGUAGUGGCGGCGGCCAGGACGUGCCCUCGGCGAUCUCGACAUCCAAGUCAAGGAUUGGCGGCGCAAGAACGAUGGCGCUGCAGGGGAUCGAACCAGAGGAAUGUGAUCCAUCCUGUCAAGAUCGGUUUCUGCGUGUGGGGAACUCCAGUUCUGAAAGGUUUAUACUCACCGGUGAGCUAUUCCCAGUAGAAAUUACUGGAUAGGAGCAAAAUUGUUUUUCAAGAUCAUGUGAGUUGAGCUGCGGCUUGGAUGGGGAUGUUGGUGCUGUUCAAGAGGCCUGCUGGGUUUGCCUUUUUCAAGGUUCUGAACCAGGGCAGGAUCUAUGGAAGGAGUUCACGACUCGGACUCGACGAGAAAGGUUUGU